CCAGGAAUGCCCACAGUUAUUCCUCCUGGACUCACUCCGGAACAAGAGAGAGCUUAUAUAGUGCAACUGCAGAUAGAAGACCUGACUCGUAAACUGCGCACAGGAGACCUGGGCAUGCCCCCUAACCCUGAGGACAGGUCCCCUUCCCCUGAGCCCAUCUACAAUAGUGAGGGGAAGCGGCUCAACACCCGAGAGUUUCGUACCAGCAAAAAACUCGAGGAGGAGCGGCACAACCUCAUCACGGAAAUGGUUGCACUCAACCCUGACUUCAAGCCGCCUGCAGAUUACAAACCACCAGCAACACGUGUGAGUGAUAAAGUAAUGAUUCCACAAGAUGAAUAUCCAGAAAUCAACUUUGUGGGCUUGCUCAUUGGGCCCAGAGGGAACACCUUGAAGAACAUAGAGAAAGAAUGCAACGCCAAGAUCAUGAUCCGGGGGAAAGGGUCUGUGAAAGAAGGGAAAGUGGGGCGCAAAGAUGGCCAGAUGUUGCCUGGGGAAAAUGAGCCACUUCAUGCUCUGGUUACUGCCAACACCAUGGAGAAUGUGAAGAAAGCGGUAGAACAGAUCAGAAACAUUCUAAAGCAGGGGAUUGAGACCCCUGAGGACCAGAAUGACCUCCGGAAGAUGCACCUUCGGGAGUUAGCUCGCUUGAAUGGGACCCUUUGGGAAGACGAUAACAGGAUCUUAAGACCCUGGCAAAGCUCAGAGACUCGCAGCAUUACCAAUACUACGGUGUGCACCAAGUGCGGAGGGGCCGGCCACAUUGCUUCCGACUGUAAAUUCCAAAGGCCUGGAGACCCCCAAUCAGCUCAGGAUAAAGCACGGAUGGAUAAAGAAUAUUUGUCCCUCAUGGCUGAACUGGGGGAAGCACCUGUCCCAGCAUCUGUGGGCUCUACUUCUGGCCCAGCGACCACACCUCUGGCCAGUGCACCUCGACCUGCUGCUCCCGCCAACAACCCUCCUCCACCGUCUCUCAUGUCUACCACUCAGAGCCGCCCUGCUUGGAUGAAUUCCAGUCCUUCCAACAGUCGACCGUAGGGCAUGCAUGGAGGUGGCCCGGGGGGUCCUGGAGGUGGCCCGCACAGUUUUCCACACCCGUUACUUAGCCUGACAGGUGGGCACGGUGGACACCCCAUGCAGCACAACCCGAAUGGACCACUACCUCCAUGGAUGCAGCCACCUCCGCCACCGAUGAACCAGGACCCCCACCCGCCUGGGCACCAUGGCCCUCCUCCAAUAGAUCAGUACCUGGUUGGGGUCUAUCGCAUCAAGGAAAAGCAGCAGUAUGGCUUCCACUACCCCCUUGCCAUGGCAGCAAAGAUCCCUCCCUGCGGCAGCGAUGGCUUUCCGCGCCCAUUGGUGACCCUUCCAGGCAGACAGCCUCAGCAGCGCCCCUGGUGGACAGGAUGGUUCGGCAAAGCAGCCUGAGUUAUUUUUGUGGACGGAAUCGGAACACGCUGGCUCCAUAUCGUGACAUUUUUAUUAAUUGUUUUCUUUUUUCCUUUG